AUGGAGCACGAGUUGGUGAAAGAACAGUUUGACAAAAUCUUGGCGACCUUGCAAAAUGAAGAGGCUGAAAGAAAGGCGACUGAAGAAUCGAUCGCUGGUCUCUCCACCGCCCAAGGGGGUGUCAGUGACGCAGCAGAUGAGUUGGAACUGCUGCGCAAGCCACCGAGUCAACACUCUGAAGGUUCCGAGCAGUGUUGGAAAAGCGUCGGCAACAUGACUGUGCGCACGUACUGCACCUUGCAAGUCGAACCCAAGACCCUCGAAGGAAUGAUUUCCAUUGUGUCGCAAAGCCCUCUUCGCGAAUUCCAGGGUGAAGGUGGAAAAUCUUGUGUUAUGACUCACCUCGACUGUGAUGCUUUGGGGGAGUCGUUGGGUCCUGGACAGCGUCCUCUUCUACGGAAGAAAUUCGUCCCUGAGUCGACCUUGCUGAAGAGACUUGUCCAGGGCUCGAUGAUUGGCCGGAAUGGUCAACGCAAAGGAGAUGAGUGCACAUGUCCAGCUGAAGGGGAAAUGAUUUUCAUUCACUCAGGCAUGGACCGGUCCUCCAAGGAGGCUGAGACUCUUUUCCGUCCAGGGACGGCCAGGAAAGACCAAGCAAUUGACGCAGAGGUGAAGGACGUGACACUGAUCUUUUCGGAUUCCUCGAUCCGAAGCCGUAAGCAAAGGAACCGAGGCUGUUACAGUUCCAAGUCCACCGCCUCAUUGUUCAGUGCGGCCAGUCUGACGACCAUGGUCCCGGAAAAGGCUUACCCAGAUCUCACCGGUCACAACACAGGGGAUGUUUGCGCCGGGAUUCCUGCACUGCAGCCCGAAGAUUUGUGGAAAGAAAAGGAAGUGGUCUUGACUGACGACCGCAUUGUUUCUCCCACAGAUGCUGCCGUGAGCAAAGAGAAGGAUAAGCAGAUUUCAACAGAAUCUGUCUUCAGUGCUCUCACCUUACCGUGCUCCUUCUACAGAAGCUUUCUGAAAGCUCACAGUGUCCAGGCCGUGUUGGAUUUGGCCAGCGGUCAGGGAGAGCUAGCGAAAGCCUGUCUGGCAGAGAGAGUGCCGUACAUGGGCCUGACUCUGAGCGAAAGUCAUUCCACGCAGCUGGAACUGAUUUUGACCAACUUCGCCGUCACCCUGAUGCAGACAGAAGGUUCGACCUAUUAUCGCGCUGCAGCCAAGCGCAAGAGCGAGGGAGAAGGCAACGAGGACGAGCCUCCAAAAGCAAAGGCUAAGGCCAAGGGCAAGGCGAAGGGCAAGCCAAAGGCUAAGCCUACCCCAGAGGCGGAGACGGACGCCCAGGCUGAAGAGCCUGAAGCAGACAACGACGACGAGGAGGUGCAACUUCCAUGGUAG